AAAAAGCCGUCUUUAGACGCGUCUCCACCUCAGGUGACAGCAACUUCGUCAGCACAUGUAAUCGAAGAGGACUGCAUGCCCGCGGACAAUAUCACGCGCAACAUGAGAGCCGUCUUUGAAAGAAAUAAUGUCGCCGACAAGAAUAAUGGUUCAGGACAACUCUCGUCACCUGCAAGCACCGAAAGAGUCAACCCACCGAAAGUCAGCCGUUUCGUGUUCGGCACACCGGAAACCGAAGUGUGUUCUAUGUGCCAGGGUAAAGUGUUCCCUAUGGAACGUCGCGAAGCUAGCGGACUCGUUAUGCACACUAAGUGCUUCAAAUGUACUCGAUGCAACAUCAACCUCAGACUGGACGGGUAUAGUCAGAAGGGCGGCAAACUUUACUGCGAGGCGCACUACCAACAGCUGUUCAAGGUUAAGGGCAACUACGAUGAGGGGUUUGGGUGCGAGAAAUGGUCGCGCACCCCUUCACCGUCUGCGCAUGACGCCCCCCCAACGUCACUAAACCUACCGCCUGCAGCCUCCAAUCAAACUCUCAUCGCAUAGAUAGAUACAUAUAUACAUAUAUAUAUAUGUAUAUAUAGGGAAGGAUAUUCUAUAUGAGGCCUAUUCUAAAUGAGAUAUCCUAUAUCAACAAGCGCCACCGCCCCUCUCCCGCCCACAGCCUUUGUUCCUUGUUUUUGCUUACGAGAGAAAGAUAAAGGGGAAGAAAAGAGAAUGCACAAACAAGCAGGCUUACGUUUCACGUUUACGCUGCGAAUCUCGCGAACGGCCGUAAACGAUUACAGUUCACCUCAUCCCGCUUUUCAGUGAAGAUAUAGCUUUUCCGCUAGUAGGAAUUAUACAACACAGAGGAGUCACGCUUUUAGAGGAACACCAAGCUACUAAAUCCAUAGCCACUGUAUACCACUAGAGAUAUAGGAAAGCAUGUCAAGUGGGUCGUGUGACACGAACCAACACCUAAGCAUGCCGGUAGAUGAUGCAGAAUACCAAGAAAACUUAAUGUUUCGUUUGCUUCCUUUGAAUAUCUACAAGGUAUUCCAAUAUUAUACAUUAAUCAAUAUACAUGACUCUAAUAAUAAUAAACGAAGAUCGCAAAACAAUUAUUGCAGAUGUAAUAGCAAUCGACAAAUGGUCCAGUCUAAAAGACCUCUUCUAUCCACCUACACGUAAGAGUGCCGCUUCACUUCUAUCCGUUCGCAAGCUACAAGUCUACACGAGGAGAAUCAGAAGAAACUGAACAUAUAUAUUCUAUACAUAUAAAUGCAUAUAGUAAUAGCACUAUUAAUUGAUAAGAGGUGUAACGAAUAUAACUAUAGUAAAUACGUAAGGCAAGUCCGACGUCUCCUCGACCCCCUUUUACAAACUUCAAGCCGUAUACACCCUACAAGAGUAAAUACGUAAAGCAAGUCCGACCUCUCCUCGACCCCCCUUUUACAAACUUCAAGCCGUAUACACCCUACAAGAGAAGAAUGUCAUAUCUGUAUAAUCAUUAAUAUGUGGUCCCCCUCCCCUCCCCCCCAUAUAAACUUUAUUAUGGAUAUUUAUAUAAACAAACGACACAUGAUAGCUGAGGGAGUAACACCAGAAAUAGACGAAACCUAGUUAGUUUCUAUGCUGGUUUUUGUUUUCUAUCUUUAUAACGUCCCUCUUUAGUAACGAGGGUAACGAGGGUGCUAGGGACGGGUGCUUUAGCACGAAGUAAGAAUUGACGAACAAUUACUGAUGGAUAUCGAAGCGUAAUGAACCGAAAGAAGAGCGCUAUGCAGAGAGUAGUUACUGAUCUGAUAUUUUCGCUGAGAUGCAGCGUUCAUCGAAACAGACUGCGAAAAAUGACGAUCAAGAUAACUGCUACGAUGCCAAAUUAGGGUACAGGAGAUGCACUCAAUAUCUGCUGAAAUUAGAAAGGUCGACAAAGGAAAUUCAUUUGGAAUUAGGGCGCGAUAUUUAUGAGUUACUGGACGCAUUCUAUUGCUUAAACCACAUAGCCAGUAGCAUAUUAUCGUAAUAAUAGUAUAGAAAGUAGGUCUAUGUCACUCAGUUUACUGACACAAUGCGGUGCAAUUGUUGGUGUGUUGUGGCCCAAGACCAACUCUGACCGAUGGCUAUAAGGCUAUCCACAAUAACAGCAGCAUAUGCAUAGACGAUAGAGGAAGCAUGUUUCAUGUCAUUCAUUAAAGCAGCCAUAGCUGUAGCUGAUAAAUCUGCUCCAAACGUUCCGGCAAUACGCACUACUACCCAGUAUCGCGUUGGGCAGUUCAAUGUGAGAGAAUCUAGAAUAAGUUGAUGAUCCUGCUAAAGAUGUUUGCAUCCCGACGUCGCGUGUCGGGUGAUUGACCAAAUAUGACUGAUAUUAACAACUAGUAUCAACAAUCGUAUGAGAGGACGGGUUACGACGCUGUCGGGGCUUAUUUCGAUUGAUACGAGCAAUCCAGUUUGUGUGUUUAAUAUGUGUGAAUGUGACUACUUAAACACAAGCAUAGCAAUAGUAAUAUUAGUAACAGUGGGGACAAUAAGCACACAAACAGCACGACACGUUUUGUAAUACGAUUGGAUAGAUAUUGUUAUUAGCAUUGCGAUAUAUUAUUAUAAUUAUUGCUAGUUCUAUGUUGCUGUCAUAAACUCGACAAUAUCGAGCAAGCGAUCAGCAAAUAUCUCAAGUCUAGUGUAAAUUUUACAUAGUCAUGGCAGACAUUUUUCCUUAAAAAACAACGCUCAAACGGUCAGCGUGCAUGUCACGUAUGGACGCAAAUAGAAAUGUCUUUUGGCUUUUGAGUUUCAGAUAGACUACUCUAUUCUCGACACCCAUUAUACUCACGUUCUUCUAAAAGCACAAAUGAUAGGACACCGCAAUUAUAUAAUCAUCAGGGCAUCAUGAAACCGUAUUAAUGUCACUGAGUUACAGGUUGUGUUGCGUACGUCGUAUGAAUUUUCGGCUGACGCCUAUAACAACGAAACGUCGUCCACUUAAUACUGAAACAGCGUACUGCGGAUUUUUCGCAUUUCCUUCAAUUCAGCAAAUUUUUUUAAACGGCUUUUCAACGUCUUCGUGAUUAGAGCUAUGACCAAGUACAGUGGCAGAUAUACUGUUCAUAAGCACUGCUUAUGUAUGAUUCGUAUAGGGCAUAACAGUAAACAGGAAGUAAAAGUAAAUAAUGGUCGAGAUGAUUGUUGACUUGAAAAGGCAAACCCGAAGUGAAAGGACGAACCACGUUUACGUGAUUACGCAGAGGCUAACUGUGAGAAGAUGAGCAUAAAAAUGCAAAAUGUUGGGACAUCAGAAAAAACAUCAUGAGAACCGGUCAUGGAAGCCAUGCAUGUAUGACAAAGUUCUCCCAAGACAGGAUAAAAUGAUUAGCUCUAUUGUGUAAUGCACGAUGUGGCCACAAGGUGUCACGGCGAUCGCAACACGAAUGGAGCAUUAUGUACUUGUCUGCGCGGGCAGAUUCAAUCGUAUCAAGAACAUGCAACAACAUUAACGGGGUAGUGCUUCUCUCACAGGCUCCGGAGCCAAGUAGAUGGAAUAUACGAUAGCGGACGAACACAAUAAUGGAUGCUAAAGGUUUUUCUAAGUGAAGGAAACAAGUAAGGAAUAAAGGAGCUAGCACAAGAACGUACACGGGCGCUUUUGUUUGAUUACACAAUUUUCUAUAUAUAUAUAUAUAUAUAUAUAUAUAUAUAUAUAUAUAUUAAAUAUAGAUAUAAGGCGGAAUAAUUAAUCGGCGAUGAUGCUA